UGAAAGAUUCUCUAAAGCUAACAAUUAUAAGCAGACGUGUAUGGCUCAUAUUAAUUUUCAUUUUUAUUCAGUACUGACAUUCUCUUUACUGGAAAAAAGUGACGCUUACUGCCAUAUCGGGCGUGACCUUUAUACUGUGACCAGUGCAGGAUGAUGUAUGAAAGGUCAAUUGCUUAACAUACGUGUUCCCGCGAGAGCAUCACAUCAAAAUUUUGUGAAUACCUUUUCGGUGAAUCAUACAAGUACAAGGCUGCAAACAAGUUUACAAUCACGUUUAAUAUUGCAAAUAUGGAUAAACUCAGGGUUAUACAGCCACUGACGAUACUUUUUCUGGUGUUACUGGAAAUUUUACCGAGACCCGGGUUCUGCAUAUCGCCGGUUUCCUUGCAAAAUGGAAAUGAGCAAGAUUUGCGUGCAGAUUGGAUGGUCAACAGCGACGACCUCGUCUUCUCUGCAGUAGACGAUCCGUUUGAUUCCGGUGACAUUAAUGUGCAAAAAAACCGUAUUACACUCGACUCAGUGCCUCCAGACGCAGUCGAAACUAAUUCUCCAAUCCCGGAGGAGAUUAUUAACACUUCCGAUACUACAUUUAUUACCACGCAAACCACUCCUACUGAUAUACCUUCUUCCCCUUCCACACUCCAGCCAGUUACCGAAAGCAGCACAAACGCUCCAAAUCCCACAACCGGGAGUGUCUCCAGCGACACCAGCACCACCAGCCAAGAGCUCACCACUUCGUUCAGUGACGAUACUACCGCAGCCAAAACUACUUCAAACGCAAAUAGUAGUUUACCGACAGCACUCACGGUAAGCAGUACCACUUCAACUGUGAUCCAGACCACAGAGAUUGUGAAAACUUCUAAACCUACCACACCCGCUUUCGUUUCUUCUACAAUCACCAGCGGCUCCACGUCUACAGCAGCGCCUGCCGAGGAACCGACAACACCUUCUUCUGGACUACGCCCUGUCAUUACCCUUGCGCUUUUUGUGGUUUCAGUGUUAAUUCCAUAUGUGCUAAUGUGAAUUCCGUAUUAAAAUUAAAAUGGUUAUUAAACAGAAUUGUUACGGGUAUGUGAAAAUAUUAUAGGGUCUAAAGUCUCGAGAUGUUACAAGUUAAUUCUGACAAUGCUCCAACUAACUGAAUUUUUGAAUUUGGAUAGAAAUGACAGUAAACCUUGCAUAAACACUUA